GAGUCGAGACCUGCCAACAUGGAGACCAUGCUUUCCAUUGGCAAAAUGGAGAUCCUUCAGAGCAUCUUCCAGGGAGAGAAAACGUUGGAGAUCCGCAACCGGCAACUACGGCCUGGCCGCACCUGGGUGUGUCUCAAGGACCGAGUCUACGGCACCGUGGAUGUGGGCAAGCCCUUCCGCAUCUCUGACCCGAAGUUAUGGAAAGCCAGGAAAGCUGACCACUGCGUGCAGAGCAACGUGCCAAUGUACGGAGAGAAGACGUGGGCCAACCCCGUGUCCAACCCUCGUAAGCUCCCAGAGCCUCUUGCCUUUUAUCGCAAACACGGGGCCAUCGGCUCUGUCAAGUACAGGCCAGCGGAGGGAGCCAAGAACAAGAAGGAAGAAAAGAAGGGUGAGGAGACGAACGAGGAAGGUGACCAGUCUCAAAGCACCACUUCGGCGUCCGCUCCCAAGAAGUAUGCCGUGGCCACUCUGUCCCGCACCCUCAUGGACAGAGUGCGGGAGGCAGCCAAUCAGAAGCGGAAGAGCUUCGAGCUCCUCACCACCAGCAGAUACACUGCUGGUGGUGAGAUGCUUCUGGUGCAGACCAAGACGGAUAACAAGGUGGCUAUCCAGGCCUCGCUUGUGCAGCACAGGCGGCUGACGACCACCUGGGAGCUCACCAAGGCUGCUGCCUACAAGCAGGCCACGGCACCCGAACAGACGGCGUGGAAAGCCAGGUUGCACCAACACCUGGCCGUCUACAGCUGUCGGCUCAGCAACCUCCGAGCCCCGUCGACAAAUAUACGACUUCGGGGCGGCCACGGCUGCAGGAGGACGGUGGCCGUGGAAUCCGAUGUCGUGGAGGAGGAAGCCACUCCGAAGGCAGAGAUCCCCGCUCUCAGCCUCCGGGACACAGCUCGCUACUUUUUGCAGCGUCUGUCGGAGGCAGAUCGAGGGAAGCUGAGCGCUAACGUCAAAGGGCUGAAUGGCUGCGAAAUCAAGCUGGGCAGCACUUGCUCAGGGACAGAUGUGUGCACGAACGUGUUCAAGCACACGCUGCAGUUCCUGGCCGAGCAACACCAGGUCUCCAUCAGCGUCAAACAUGUGCUGGCAGUGGAGCUGGAUAAAGGCAAGCGCGAUUUUCUGAUGCGCGCACACAAGCCCACCUUCUGCCUUUUCGAAACGGUGGACAUGUUCGCCAAGGGCAAGACUGCAUUCUGCCACACGUGCCGGCGAGUACACGAGGCGCCUGACGUCGACGUUCUUGUGGUCGGCUCCAGCUGCAAGUCCAUUUCAAGGAUGAACAACUCGCGGACAGACUACCAGGAUUGCUACCAGAAAGGCAAGGGCUGUUCUGGGAGCACGUACCAGAAUGGUGUCCUGCAAGCGAGCAAAGAGUUGGCUCCAGCCCUUCUCUUCUUUGAGCAAGUCGUAGGCAUUUUGGAUUCGCCGGUGCAGAAGAACGGCAAGAGAAAGACUCCUUUGGUCCAGGCCGGUCGGGGAACAUGA